AUGUCCAGCAUGGUCGAACCUCAAUACCAACCAAGCGUCAAUCGAAGCUGGGGCGAAAGAAUCAUCAACUCGGCGAGUGGACUGGCGAGGGAUGUAUUCAAUGGCUCUGGUUAUGGAAUCGACGUACCGUACGGAUUUGCUGGCAAAGCAAGUUCCCAAGCACUGCCAAUGGCGACUACAGCGGCGAGAGAGGUCCCCAGGCGAAGGCAAGGCGGCGGAAUUCUGGCUUGUGACUUCCGGCGUCUGAGAGAAGCAGAGGAGGAAGCGCAGAGAGAGAUCGAGUUCAAGCGGUUUGCGGAGAGUGGAGUCGGAAGUUGGAAAGAAAGUGAAGGCGAGGGGAUGUGUGGUGGUUACGCCGAGAUGCAGGCGAGAGGGGAGGAGUACGAGAGGGAGGCGGCGAGCAAAGAAGAGCAGUCCGAGCAACCACAAGGUAAGCCAGCGUGGUUCGAGGCAAGAUUGCCUUCAAACGUGACUCUGCGACCAGCAGUCAUGGGCGGCUGGCAAUCACCAGCAAGCUCAUCCCAAACCACCCUCGAAACUGGAAAGACGACGGAUCUCUGGAAAAACCUAGACGAAGUCGAAGACAUCUGGACUCGCUCCCAAUCCGCCGCCGUGGAACGCCUCCAACAAAUCCAAAACCAUCUCUCCGAGUCAACACGACGACAACCCAGAAAGCACAUCCUCCGCCCCAUCCAACCCCUCCCGGAAGACUUCGAAUCGUUCCAAUCCCUCCUCCAAACCAUUCGAACAUCCCAAUUCUCACCAACGACCCAGGACGCCUCGAAUCUGGAAAUCACAUACUUCCACUGCCCGCACAUGGAAUGCCAUCGACGGCUUGAGCAGCUGAAUUCGAACUUACCGGUGGAUUUCCAGACUAGGGCGUGUGUGCAUACGGGGUGUGGGUUUGUGAGUCGGAGUGUGGAUGAGUGGGUGUUGCAUUGUAGUGCCGCGGAGCAUCAUGUUGUUGAGGAGAGGGGAAAGCAGUUCUGUGGGAGGUGUAUGACGGUGGAGGAUAGUCAUAUUUGA